AUGAGCCUAGGGAUCGAGAGCGCACGCCGGGGGCUCACCGUGACAGGUGUUCUGGUGGGCACCAUUUCGUUUGUGGAGCACAGCCUCCCAGAUCGUCUCGAGAGGAUGGGGCGGGUGCUUCCUUGGCUUCCGAGGUUGCGCCAGCCCCAGACAGCUGCCCGCCUUCUUUCGGCAUGUGUGAGCACUCGUCCGCAGUACCUGUCGAGGACCGUCCCUCCCUUUCCCGGAAGCUUUGCUUCAGGUGAGCCAGAGCAGAUCGACCGAGCUCUGCAGACGGCGCUUGCGGGUCUCCCACCGGACGUUCUCUCCCUCCUUCCCUCCUUGCCCUCUUGCGCUUCCGCCUCCCCCGACUCCCUUUUUGCAGGAGCGAGCCGCCUUCUGGAGGCACAUGCUUUGGAGGCCGUGCGUACUUGUCACACCUCUCCCUUACACCUUGCCCAUUUGACUUCCCUUCAGGGCGUAGGUGCAGGAGUGUGGCUGCAUUCGGUGCCGUAUGCCGAUCCACUGCACAUCUCGGAGGCGUAG